GUGGACUAUGGAGUUAUAGACACCUUGGCGCGCAACUCUCCAAACCUUUCAGUUUCUUAAGUGCCUUUUUGCAAGUAUCGUAUUGGUUCAUUGAGCUUGGGGUCAUCAUCAAUCUGCAUGCGUGUAGAUGCAUACCUGAAUUCCAACCACCAAUUGGCUAUACCUGCUGCAGUACAUAGUAAGGAAAAUGAUGUUUUUCUCAAGUCUUCAAGUGCUAGCAUUUCACAUAGAAAAGAAGUUGUGGGCACUUUGCCAGGAGACUCGCCACUUUCAAUAUUUGAAAUAGCAGAAUUGAAUGCAAAUAUGGCCUCCAGGAACGAAAAUCCAACUAGUCUUGGCAAAGCUCUGAAUACAGUUGACAUAAAUUCUUUGCAUGCUGAUACCAACUUGUUGCCUAGUGGAGCAUUUUUGGACAAGACUGGCAAUGCCAACAUGGAGCCUUACCUUAACUUACUCUCUUCACUGGUGCCAUUCUCAUCCAGAAAUUUAAGCGGUUUACCAUUGGAAGCUUCUCCUGUGUGCCAUCAAAAUACUCUUGUGGAUCAAAGCAACCAACAAGGGCAUAAAAGGCGGAAAUUACAGCAAACGGCAGGCUCUAGUGCUCUCAUUGAACCUAAAACACAAAGCCACCUUCAUUCACUUCCUAUUGGGAUACAACAGGAACCUAAUACUCUGAAACAGGCAUUGAACAAUUCUAGUAUGAAUUUAAAUCCAGCUUAUUCAUUACAGCAACAAGCGGUUCAAUGCCUACUAUCAAGGAAUGACAUUGAUCAAUUGCAAGAUAAUAGUCCACAGCUGAAGGCAUUAAUCCAGUAUCAAUUGCAGAAUCAAUUUCUAGAUCAGAUUCUGCAUUCUAGUCCAAACUUGCUCGGAGCUCAUUCCCCCCAGUCAGUACAGCAGAUGAAGAAUCAGUUGCCAUAUCAGGCCACUCAUCAAACUUCUUCCAUUCAGUCCACCGGUGAUGGGAUUUGUUCCCAAAGAUUGACUCAAUAUAUACAUCAUCUGUUGCAUCGACCAAAGGAUAACAGUAUUGUCUACUGGAGGAAAUUUGUGUUAGAGUUCUAUGCUCCUGGAGCUAAAGAAAGAUGGUGUUUAUCUUCAUAUGAAAAUGUUGGGAAAAAUGUUCUUGGUGUUCUUUCCUUGGGGACUAUGGAUAGCUGGUGCUGUGACAUAUGUGGUACAAAAUCAGGAAAAGGGUUUGAGGCAAGUUUUGAGAUACUCCCCAGGCUUUGCAAAAUGAAAUUCGAGAGUGGUACUCUUGAGGAAAUUCUCUUUCUUGAGUUUCCUCGAGAGUGUAGGCUUUCUUCUGGCAUAAUGAUGUUAGAAUAUGGGAAAGCGAUACAAGAGAGCAUAUACGAACAAUUCCGUGUUGUCCGAGAGGGUAAACUUCGUGUUAUUUUUAGACACGACUUGAAGAUAUUAUCCUGGGAAUUCUGUGCACACCAUCAUGAAGAAUAUGUGCCCCGUCGAUUAGUUGCACCCCAGGUUAAUCAGUUAGUCUAUGCUGCUCAUAAAUAUCAAAGCUCCCAUGGCAAUCCUGCACCUCGUAGGGUCCCAGCCGCGGAAGUGCAAGGAAAUUGCAAUAUGUUUCUUAAAUCUGUGCAUCAACUAGCAAAGCAUUUGGAUUUACCAAUUCUGAAUGACUUGGGAUUUUCUAAAAGACACGUCAGAUGCUUACAGAUCAUUGAUGUUGUCAACAGCAUGAAAGAUCUCAUGGAUUUUAGCAUUAAAAGAAGAAUUGGACCAAUUGAGAGCUUGCAGACUUAUCCUCAUGCAGGCACCAAGACAGAUAUGUGGAGAAAUGUACAGAAUGUGAAGCAGGAAACAUUGAAGCAAGGGAGCUCUCAGGACAUGCAGACAGAUGGGAUUAGGUCAAUGGCCAUGCGUCUUGGUCCUGAAAUCCACCAUAGUGACGCCCAUAUGACCGGUGAUGGAGUUUUGUCUGGCUCAGGAGAUGUGGGAUCUAUGUUGGCUCAUUACCAUCAGAAAACAGCAUGGGGAAAUAUAUUAAACACAAAAGGAAGUACUACAGAGACAGAGCAGUCAUGCUUGAUGGGCAAUUUUAGCCAAAGAGCUACAUCUUCUCCAUUUCUGCGUCAGUCCAAUAAUCCUGCACCACUUGACAACUCAAUGCUCAGUAGGUUGCCCAGUGCACGGACUUCUGAAGCAAUUAGUGACAUAAAGAAACAGAUGAUAGAUAAGUGGCUUCAGGAGAUGGUGGCUGAGAGCAGAGCCAAAGGGCUGCAGAAUACACCUGGAAAGCAGGACCAAGCCUUGCAUGAGUUCAACGCAAAUAUCCUCAGUGGCUUGCCUACUAUUGCCAGGGUUAGAGGUACAGCGAGGCCAGGUUUUGGUUAUGGUACAGAUGCUGCCCCAGCACAGGCAAAUCUUUUGGCUGAUGUCCCAGGGAGCGGUGGCAUAUCUAGGACUACGUCCAAUAUUAAUACUCUCAAAAUUAGUGGCAGCAACCCGAGUCCUGCAAUCAAAAGAGAACCAGACCUUCCGGAGGUUCCUGAAGCUUUUAUGGGUGGUCAGUUCUCGAAAAAGUGACUUGUAGCUAUGCAUAUGGAAAGCUCAUACUCAUCGAGGGAAAUUCAUGAUAGAAACCUUUGUGGAGUAUAAAUUUUGUAAAUGGGAUUUCAUAACUUUGAAGUUUAUGACAUAUCUUAACUGUUGGUCCGAAGUGAAUCAAACCUGAAUAUAGUAAUACCCAUCUUUUUCAA